AUGGCCCAACUGCUCCUGGUACUCUGGGCAUCUCUGGUGUUUGUGGAGGUCACUGGAGACAUGUUGGCCAUGAAGAAAAGAAACUUGCACUGCUUCCAGUGCGACAUGGUUAUCUGGGCAAACCAGUGUCAGUCUAUGGAGUGCAACCCCAAGGAAAAAUGGUGCAUCAUCAAAGAGGUUCUCAAUAACACAGGUACACACAGCACACCUGUGAUCACCAAGAGCUGUUCCAUCAAUUGUCCCAAGUUCGACUACUUCAUUGACUGGGCUUUGGGUGAUGUGGAGACUAUGCCCAACAUAACAUGCUGUGCAUGGAACAACUGCAACAGAGCACCUGAGAGUUUGGAGGGGUUUGGGGCCUUACUAGGGAGGGUCCUGCUGACAAUGGGUCUGGGUCUCUUCUGCACCCUGUUGGGAUGA